AUGAAGUUCUUCAUUGAUGGCCUCCCCGUGCUCUUCCCCUAUCCGCGAAUCUAUCCUGAACAAUAUGCUUACAUGUGCGAUCUCAAACGGACCCUCGAUGCCGGGGGUCACUGUGUGCUUGAAAUGCCUUCCGGCACGGGCAAAACGGUCUCCUUGCUGUCUUUGAUUGUGGCAUACCAGCAACAUUACCCAGAACAUCGAAAGCUCAUUUACUGCUCCCGUACAAUGUCUGAGAUCGAAAAGGCCUUGGCCGAACUGAAGGCUUUGAUGAAAUAUCGUUCGGAACAACUUGGCUAUGUGGAAGACUUUCGAGGUCUAGGACUGACCAGUCGAAAAAAUCUGUGUCUACAUCCUUCGGUCAGGCGGGAAAAGAGUGGUGCCGUUGUUGAUGCUCGAUGCCGCAGUUUGACGGCCGGCUUCGUGAAAGAAAAGAAGGAGCGCGGCGAGAAUGUCGACGUCUGUGUCUACCAUGACAACCUGGAUCUCCUCGAACCGCAUCACCUUGUUCCUCCCGGCGUGUUCACCUUGGACGGAUUGAUACGGUACGGCGAAGACCACCAACAAUGUCCUUAUUUCUCAGCACGAAGGAUGAUGCCGUUCUGCAACGUCAUCAUUUACUCUUACCACUAUCUUCUCGACCCCAAAAUCGCAGACCGGGUGUCCAAAGAACUUUCAAAAGAUUGCAUCGUUGUCUUUGACGAGGCACACAAUAUUGACAACGUCUGUAUCGAGUCGCUGUCCAUUGAUUUGACCGAGGACUCAUUGCGGAAAGCCACCAGAGGAGCCCACAAUCUCGAGCGAAGGAUCGAGGAGAUGAAAGCCUCGGAUGAGGAGAAGCUGCAGAGUGAGUACCAGAAACUGGUCGAGGGCCUCCGAGAGGCGGAUGAAGCUCGAGCAGAGGACGCCUUCAUGUCCAAUCCCACCUUACCCGACGAUUUGCUGAAAGAAGCGGUGCCUGGCAAUAUCCGCCGAGCCGAGCAUUUUGUUGCCUUUCUCAAACGCUUCAUCGAAUAUCUCAAGACACGCAUGAAGGUUCUCUAUGUCAUCCAGGAAACGCCACCCUCGUUCCUUUCCCACUUGAAAGAACUGACUUUCAUUGAACGCAAGCCACUACGAUUUUGUGCGGAACGACUGAACUCGCUCGCGCGGACGCUGGAACUCACCAACAUCGACGACUACCAACCUCUGCAAGAAGUGGCCACUUUGGCCACUCUCGUUGCGACUUACGAAAACGGGUUCCUUCUGAUCCUGGAGCCUUUUGAAACGGAGCAAGCGACCGUGCCCAACCCAAUUUUGCAUUUCGCCUGUCUCGACGCCUCGAUCGCGAUAAAACCCGUGUUUGAACGAUUUUCUUCUGUGAUCAUCACGUCCGGAACUAUUUCUCCAUUGGAAAUGUAUCCGAAAAUGCUCAAUUUCAGCACCGUCACCCAGGAAUCUUACCCGAUGUCGCUUGCAAGACGCUCCUUCUUGCCCCUGAUUGUCACGCGCGGAUCUGACCAGCAAUCGAUCACUUCUGGCUUUCAAUCUCGCUCUGAUCCGGGCGUUGUUCGAAACUAUGGCGCCCUUCUCUAUGAAUUUGCCAAGAUCACCCCCGAUGGCAUCGUCGUGUUCUUUCCUUCUUACCUCUACAUGGAAAUGAUCAUCAGUAUGUGGCAGGGGAUGGGCAUCCUCGAUCAGAUCUGGACAUAUAAAUUAAUCUUGGUGGAGACGCCGGAUGCUCAGGAGACCAGUCUGGCUUUGGAAACCUACCGAACGGCCUGUGAAAAUGGCAAGGGCGCCAUUCUCCUGUGUGUCGCACGGGGCAAAGUAUCCGAAGGGAUCGAUUUCGACCACCACUACGGACGGACUGUCCUGUGUAUGGGUGCGCCUUUUCAGUACACGGAAUCCAGGAUCCUGAAAGCUCGUCUGGAAUUCCUGCGGGAGAAUUAUAGAAUCAAGGAACAGGAUUUUCUGUCCUUCGAUGCUAUGAGACAUGCGGCCCAAUGCCUCGGACGAGUGUUGAGAGGAAAAGACGACUACGGCAUCAUGGUCCUAGCGGACCGCCGUUUCCAAAGGAAACGUUCCCAGCUUCCGAGAUGGAUUGCGGAAGAGAUCCACGAUGGCCAAACUGGUUUGAGUACCGACGCCGCCGUGGGAAUGGCGAAGAAGUUUCUGAGGAGUAUCGCACAACCGCUUGGUCCCGGUCAAAAGGCUCCAGCCGGAUCUACCAAAGGUAAAGAUAGCUGGGAUCUGAAAGAGCUGGAAAAUUUCCAAAAAGAGCAGAAAUCGAAGAGGGGAGAAGGGGACAUGGGAAGAGAAGAUGCUCGGGCCUUUGAUUAUAUGAUCCAAAAUAGCACCAACGGCCAUGCAAAUGGCGCUGAUGAAUUUGAUGAGGUUAUCGCUGUUGAGGAGCUGCUGAUAGCUGAGAGCAUGGACGUCGAAUGA